UCAAAGCUGAUCGCCUCAGUAGAAAUUAGUCACAACAACUGGUUUGGGAGUAAGAAGAGGCACAUCAUCAUUAUCAGCAGCAACAACAACAACCGUGAUCAUGCCGAGGCAGUCAGCGCAGGAGUGGAUUCGGCUGUCUAUGCGUACUCCGGGCAUCCUGAUCUUCGGGAUGGUCAUGGCUCCCUGCGGCUGGGUGUUGGACUUGGUCGCGACCGUGGCCCCAAACUGGAGGACCCUGAGCAAUAUUAACACUUUUCCCAGCGAUCAGUUCAUUCAGCAAGGAAUCUGGGAUAUUUGUAUUGCAUCUACAAUAAGCUCCACUUCUCAGUGCGGCCAAACGGACACCCAGUACUUCAGUAACAAGAUCAUACAGCCUGCACAGGGUUUGAUGGUGGCCUCUCUCAUCGUGACUCUAGUCGGGUUGGCUGUUGCCAUCCCGGGGGUCCGCUGCUGGAAAGACAGGCCUAACUGGGUCGUUGCCGGUCUGGGUGGACUGCUGAUCUUUUGCUCAGGCGUCUUGACCAUCAUACCGAUUGCUUGGUACACCCACAUCCCCCCAAACAUCACAACGCCCGGAAUCAAUACAGCAGCAGUAACCCAGCAAGUCGGCUACUGCAUCAUUCUGGGCUACAUCGGCGGGAUAUUUGAAGUCUUGGGCGGUUUCGUUAUGUUCAUCGGGAUCUGCCGCUGCUGCGGAGGAAAGAACCGAGGAGAGGUCCGGGUUGAAGAGGUCACGCGUCGCAGAGAACCAAAGACACCCAGGCGCGUUGAAGUGCCGAAUCUCAGUCGGGCCAGGACCGCUGCCAGCAACAGUAGCGUCCCGUACUCCAGUUACUCAGGUGAUGACGAUGUGUCCUUCCCACGGGCCAAGAGCCCCCCUGCCCGCUCAGUGAACACCGUCAACAGCAGACCCUUUGAUGCCGACCUGUGAGAAGCUGAGGGUACCCAACACAACUGACCAUCAACACAGGAAAAGAAAACUUUAAAAACGGGACUAAGAUGAAAAAUCUUUUAGCAAAUUACUGCAAUAACACAAAUAAGUCAGAACACACUCCUUCUAGAGAUAUUUUGGGGCCAUAAAGGAAUUUUCCAGUGGUAAGAGAUCAAAUAACCUACUUUAGAUUUUACCAGAUAAUUGUUAAAACUCUCCAGUAAGUGAAACAGGUUCAUUUGCAAUAAGUGUUGCAGUGUUUCAUCAUUAAUAGUUGAGGGAAAUAGAACAGAAAAGUUUUUUAAUGUAUGUGUGGCAGGGUCAUGGCUGCUUUUUAAUGUGACUGUGGAUGGACCAGACCCACUGAUUGUAGUUAAUUAAAUUAUCAUUGUAAUAGAUUAUAGUCAAGUAGUACUGUCCAGUGUAUAAUGAAUAAUAUGAAAGUGGAAGGAGACCUGCCUGCAAUGGAGGACUCUAGAGUAUUAAAAAAGUAAAUUACAUUAAAACUGAUUCAUGGAGAAAAAAUAUUAUUCUAAUUAGCUCAAAGUUAAUCUGUGUAAACUCUGAUCUUAAAACAUGACUCUGAAGCUGUAAAUAUCCCUCAUCCUGAAGGAAGCUUGAACAUCUAGCUGUGUGUAGCUGUGUGGCUACAUUAAAUACCCUCUUUUAUGUAAAUGCUGUAUAGUUAUGCACUUUACAGUUCCUUCAUCUUGAACCCUGAAAUGAUUACGUGUACUCACUGAUCUGUGAUACAAAUGCUGUUAAUUAAAUUUGCUCUGUUUACAAACAACACAAAGACUUAGUCCAUUUUUAAAACUUUUCUAAUGUAAUGUAGCUAAAGUAAAGCAACAACUUUAACAAAGAAAAAUCCAUAACAGAAGGAAUAUCGAUGGUGGCCUGUGUUGCUGACUGAUAUAGAAGCACAGAAAAGGUUAUUUAUAGCAGGACUAUAGAAGAGUCAUAACUCUAUGUUCUCUGAUCUACAUACAUGUUAUGUGAUCCACUGCUGUGCCAUGCCUAGUCAAACGCAUAGAACGUGAAACAUUUUACAGUGAUGUAUAUUUUUCUUUCACCCAGUUUGCUGUCUUAACCUCAUAAGUAUACAGACAAUGCAGUCUGACCGGUCUGAGAGGUUGGUUUCUUUGUUCACCUUGUCCGACUACAUUAGCUCUUUUGUAUCAGCUGCCCUAGCAUUUGAAAUGAGGUGAAAAUGUCAUGAACGUUUGUCCCUCUAUAGUCUCCACUAAGUCUUUUGUUGUACAUAAAUCGGGCUCUACAAAAUGACAGUGUGGUUCUCCCUGCAAGACCUGUUGCAUGUCACAGCAGUGGAACAGACUUAGAUGAUGAAUAAGAAUGUUUUUAUUACAGUUCUUUGUGUGCUGACACUGCCCUAAAAAACAGAUCAACUCCCAGUGAUUAAACCGAAGAAUAAAGACUUUGAAGGAAGUACACUGUCCCCAAAAAUAUUUUAAGUAUCUUGAAAGUCCGGGUUCAAAUGAAUAUCUGACUGGGGUCCUAUUGUGUGGAGUGCUCCCUGUGCCUGCAUGGGUUUUCUUCAGGUAUGCCGGCACAUUGACGUCCUCCCACAGUUAAAAGACGCCACCUAUUAGGUUAAUUAGUGAUUCUAAAUUGUUUAUAGACGUGAAUAGUUGGCUGUCUCUCUGUGAUGGCUGCCAGCUGGUAGGAUGUACACGAACAUUUGGGACACAGGUUCCUGCAACUCUAAAAUGGAUUAGCAGUUAAGAAAAAUGGAUGGAUGCAUGGAUGAAAAUGUUGUAAUUGUCUAAUUUCUUCAGUUCUACUCCAAAAAAAGACAAAAAUAAUAGCAAAGAUUUGAGGAGGUGCUGUGUUUCUUCACACUGCUGUGGAUUAGAAUGCCUUGAACAACUUACUAAACAAUAUUUGUGUAAUUGCUAUGAUUUCUACAUAUAUCCUUGUAUCAUUUCCCCCUUUUUAACAAAUGCAAAAUUAUUUUGGGUUAAACAUUAUUAUGUUCAUACUAUUUGUAUUUAGUCGUGUAUGUUUUUAUUUUUUAAAUUUUUUUUUAAUGUUAUUCAUUCAUCUGCACCUAUGUGCAUGUGUAUGUUGCAGUGUGUAUUUUUAUUUUUAUGUGUAUAUUUAAAUAUAUACUCCCAGUGGAUGGUCAAGACAA